GCAUUGAGAACUCAGUCGUGUGUGUCCUGGGAUAUCGAGUACUUGAAACUCAAUAAACUGAAUCCCGUUCCCAGCGACAUAGCCAUAGCCCGGGCCCAUCCCUGUAAACCCAUCGCCCAAUUAGCGGCUGAAAUUGGUUUGACUUCCGGAGAAUACGAACCGUACGGAGCAUUCAAAGCAAAGAUCUCUAAACCUGUUCCUCAGUUCAACAAAAACUCUGUCCGAGGAAAGUAUGUU